AUGGUCACCAACUUAACUCUGACAGCCGAAAAGUUUGAGAGUUGUUUUGAAUCUUCUGUACUUCUCAUAGCGUUUUACAUUGUUCCUCUGAUCCCGGACACCAAUGGUUUUCCAACUCAAAAGUACUACCAAUCCUGGCUUACUACAUGGCACCUCCAGCUCAGUCUGGCCAUGCAAAACCUUAGGGCUGCUGCAAAAUUAUUUGGAAAUAUUGCUUGA